AUGGAAGACGACAGCCAGACACCCGUGGUCCACACUCCUCCGGGACCUUCCACUAUACGGCCAAAAGGGAUCCUCAAGAACUCCUACAGCGGCUCUCCAUCGUCCCAUGCGCCCGCGGCAGUCUCUCCACCACCUGCAGCACCCCCAGUAGAAGCUCGCAUCGACCGCCGUUCAGUUGAUACCACCCACUCCGAUAAAGACAUAACUCUACACAACACAGCCCUCAAUGCCGGACACCGCCGCGCUUCGUCCUCGGCAUCCCGUCCCGGUGGUGCUCGCCGCCGAUCAUCCCUCUCCUCCAACAGCGCAUCCGGCACUCCGGUAGACGAUACAUCAAUGCGCCUCAAAUGGGACGAGGCAAACUUAUACCUUACCGAGCAGGAGAAGAGCUCAACCAUGAAGAUUGACGAGCCGAAGACACCAUAUGCGCGCCGCUACGACCCCGAUGAAGAUGCGGACGAGAUGCGUGCGCUAGAUGCAGAGGACAUCGUUGUGGAUGAGCUAGAUAAGGCGCAGCACCCAACCAAAAUCCACCGUGUUGCCCGUGAAGAUGAGAUCCCAGGACUCGAGCUAGGCGAGCCUGAGGAGGCACUUCCGGAAGGUGAGCGCAUGGAGCGGAGCGGCAGCACGGGCAGCGCGAGCGGCAAGGCUGUACAUGUGAGAGAUCCAGCUCACGUGGACAAUGUGGGGGUGAGUGAGGAGGAGAAGGAGAAGCACCGCCGUUUUGAAGCGAUGCGAAAGAGGCAUUAUGAGAUGAGAGAGGUAGCUAGCCAUUUAGGACAUGCCGAGGGGUUGGACCCGGAUGAUGAGGAUCAAGAGAUGAAUGGAGGCGCACAAUGA